CUUUUUUGUUGCUCACGUGAACACACCUUCGUUCUUUGUUGGUUUAAACUUUACAACUUUGUCAGUAAAUUUAAAAGUAAACACGAAGUGGUGUGAAUUACACGCCGAUAACUAUAUGACAUAUGUUUGAUACGCUUCAAAGCAGUUGGCGGCAAGCUACCGUGCCGCUUAGCAUUAAGGGAAGAACAAGAUGUCCCGCCACGAAGCCAGGCUUCAUGCAGUGGCCUCCUAACAUUGUAACACGAUGGGCCGUUACACCACCUGUUACAGCUACAAAUGUCAUCAAAGAGGUGAUUUCUACGCCUCAUACCCUGCCGACCACCGCCGCUGGUUCCAGAUAUCGUCUCGGUGUUCGGGCCGGCAGAAGAGCCUGGACGAGCGGGCCAGACGCUCACGCUGCUCCCACUCUGGGUCUCGCCCUCCGGACGGCCGGCGGGGAGGUGGAGGAGUGGUGUUGCCGUGGAGACCGGACGAGGAGAGCUGACCUCCUGCUGACCUGAGGACCUGCCCGUGCACCGGAAGAAGCAGGACACGUACGUCUUGGGCACCAUUCAUCCCUUCAGGAAGACACACAGGUCACUUCCUGGAAAACUCCUGCAAGAAUUCCGACUGGUGGCAUCAGAUAGACGGUCAUGGAGGAUCCUGCUGUUCGGUUCUCUCAACCUGCUGUGCACCGCCUGUCUGCUCAUGUGGUGCAGCGCCACCAACAGCAUGGCUCUGACGGCCUACACCUACCUGACCAUCUUUGACCUCUUCAGUUUGAUCACAUGUCUGAUCAGUUCCUGGGUGAGCAUGAAGAAGCCCAGCCAGGUCUUCUCCUUUGGGUUUGACAGACUGGAGGUUCUGGCCGUUUUUGCCUCCACUGUUCUGAUCCAGCUGGGAGCCUUGUUCAUCCUGAAGGAGAGCGUGGAGCGCUUCAUGGAGCAGCCUGAGGUCCAUACAGGUCGCCUGCUGGUGGGCACGUUUGUGGCGCUCUUCUUCAACCUGCUCACUCUCAUGUCAGUGCGCAACAAACCCUUCGCCUGCGUGUCCCAAGCGGCCAGCAGCAGCUGGCUUCAGGAACACGUAGCAGAUAUGAGCAGAAGUCUGUGCGGCAUCAUUCCAGGUCUCAGCAGCGUGCUGCUGCCGCGCAUGAAUCCCUUUGUCCUCAUCAACCUGGCGGGGGCGCUGUCGCUCUGCGUCACCUACAUGCUCAUCGAGAUCAAUAACUACAACGCGGUGGACACGGCCUCAGCGGUCGCCAUCGCCCUAAUGACCUUUGGCACCAUGUAUCCCAUGAGCGUCUACAGCGGAAAGGUGCUGCUGCAGACCACGCCCUCUCACGUCAUUGGCCAGUUGGACAAGUUGCUGCGGGAGGUGUCCACGUUGGACGGCGUGCUGGAAGUUCGCAACGAGCACUUUUGGACGGUCGGCUUUGGAUCGCUGGCAGGCUCCGCCCACGUUCGUAUCCGCCGCGACGCCAACGAGCAGCUGGUCUUGGCUCACGUCACCAACCGCCUUCUUCCUCUGGUGUCCACGCUGAGCGUGCAGAUCUUUAAGGACGACUGGAGCAGACCGCUCCUCACAGCCUCGUCCAUCUCGCCUGCCGGCGCCGCCGAAGCCUACGGCGCCCUUUCCGCCUCCACGGCGCCCUCGUCCCUCACGUCGCCCGGAGGCGAGCCGGAGCGUCUGACGUCGACACCCUCCAAGCCCAGCAGUCCUCCUCCGGAGUUCUCCUUCGACACGCCGGGCAGGAACAUGCAGGCCGUCACGCUUCCUGCGGCGGGCCGACACGCGCAUCACGGGCCUUACUCCUACCCCGCCAUGCUGAGUCACGCCUUAGUCCGGCCUGGAGACGCCCUGGGUCUUGGCGUGCCGGGAUUGGGGGCGGGGUACGGCGCGGGUGUGGGCGGGGCCAGGAUGGCGUGGUCUCAGAACUACAGAACUUUGGGCGGCACGCCUCAGUACAGCCCGUACCGACCCUGACUGGACCACCAUGGACUUGUAGAUCCUCCAAAGAGACCACGCAGCAUCUUUACACGCCAUUCCCUUUUUUUAACGCCAUCUUCUUGUUGUAUCGGUGACGGAGCGGGGCCAAGAUUCUCUUUUUUUAUUUAGUCUGAAACUUUAUUCAACGCUGUUUCCAGAAGACUGACUCCGCCCCCUCCAGCCAAAGUGUUGUGCUGUGAUGUCCUCACGUUGUCAUGGCAACAAGGAUGUCGUCAUUGACGACCUUCAUCGAGCGAGCAAGACUUCACGUCUUUUGGACGCCGACUGGAGAAGCGAUGGCCGGGCGUCGCGACGUGCGAUGAGGUCAUCGGUUUGUGACAACGCCUCAUUUGAAAAUUAAAAACAACUUUUUUAAAAACAA